ACUACCAUUCUACGUCUUACCCAAAUCUUUAAUCGUAAAUAUCUAUAUUACUAUAUUUCGUCCUACUUCUUCUUCCAAUAAUAAUUAGCGCGAAUAGUAGCACGAACAUUCGAUACGAUCAGCAGAAGAAUCUAUACUAUGGAUUACAUCUAAAUAAUUUAUUGUUUGUGGCUUUACGAUACAUUAUUCUGUAAGAUUACGUGAUAAUUAAGACCAAGUUACGACAGACCAAAUAGUGAGAUUUCAGAAUGCAAUUUAUGAUAAAAAACAAGACUGGCAGAUUUAAGCAUAAUUGCAAAUAAAUACAGAACUUUUAAUGUAACGAUGUAUUUAGUAAUAAAAGUAACGAUUCCAAACCUUGUAUAGAAUAAUAGCUAGUUUUAUUCGGAUGCAUUCUAAUCGAUUCAUUUGAUAUAUCUGCUGAAAAAAUUGUUGCUCUGUUUAUGACGUAAUAUAUAAUAUUCGUAUUGUACAUGUUAGGUUGCUGCAUAAGUUCUGUCCACCUUAAAUAGUAAAUUAAAUACAAAAUUUAAUUUCAGUUUUAUAGUUAUGAACGAAUAGAAUUUUUGGAACAACCUAAUAAUAUCGCUUUGAAUAAUAAUACAUUACAUCGCGUACGAAUCAAUAGUAUAGGACGAUGAUAAACGUAGCAAUAUUGUAUAAUAGGAACAAAUUUUAAAGAAACAAAUUUCCAAGAAAACGUGAAAAGUUAAUACUAUUACGAAUACUAUUACGAUGUUGCAAAAUGUAUGCUUGUAAUGAACAUAUUUACCAGAUGGAGUAAGGAAAUUUAGAAAAUAAUCUAUCGAUUAAGUUAUCGUAAUAAAUAUUUACUGAUAAUUAUUUAAAUAAAAUUACAAGAAGGAAAUGUAAGAAGAGUGUAAAAUAAAUGUCAUGGAAAUUGAGUAUCCCGACUUCUGGUAAAAGUAUCGUUUAAUAUUACUUAAAUAUUAAAUUUAUAUUUGCGGUAGAUGUAAUUAUUCUUGGUCUUAUAAUUUUAUGAAAUAUGUUUCAACGAGUUAUUGCGUGAUAUGAAUGUUUGUUUCUUUUGGAACGUUGUGCGUAUAUUUCGUAGUAAAACAAGAACAUGCCAACCUUGAAAAUCGUUAUACUACUAAACAGGUUUGACUAGUUCAUCAUUCUCCACUUUCUACAGAAUCAGAUAUCAUUCGGUAUUCGUCGAGGUAUACUAUACACUGCAAAGUGCUUCAAGAAUAUGAAUUCCAUUUGUCCAAAAAGUUUAAAAAUUAAGCAGCAGAGAUGGGCGCUACAAAAGAGUAUGAGUUCCUUGGUGGAAUGCGUAAGUGCAGAAUUAAAAGCGAUUAAAGCAGCUGGUACAUGGAAAAACGAACGAGUAAUUGCAUCGCCACAGCGCACACGAAUUGUGCUAACAAACGGAGUAGAAGCUCUUAAUUUUUGCGCGAACAAUUACUUGGGCUUGUCUGAUAAUACAGAAGUAAUUUCAGCAGCAAAGAUUGCUCUGGAUAAGUAUGGAGCUGGUUUGAGUUCCGUAAGAUUUAUAUGCGGCACUCAAGAAAUUCAUGUAGAAUUAGAAAAGAAAAUUGCUAAAUUUCAUGGCAGAGAAGAUGCUAUCCUGUAUGCUUCUUGCUUCGAUGCGAAUGCUGGACUCUUUGAAACUUUGUUAACACCUGAAGAUACAAUAUUGAGCGAUGAACUAAAUCAUGCCUCUAUUAUCGAUGGUAUUAGACUAUGUAAAGCAAAGAAACACAGAUACAAACACAGAAACAUGACAGAUUUAGAAAAUAAGCUGCAAGAGUGUAUGUCUUCGCGCUUGCGUCUGAUUGCAACCGACGGUGUUUUUUCUAUGGAUGGAACUGUGGCACCAUUACCAAAAAUACUGGAGCUUGCACAAAAAUACAACGCCUUUACUUUUGUCGACGACUGUCAUGCUACUGGCUUUUUUGGAUCAACUGGAAGAGGCAUAGAAGAUUAUUUCAAUAUGUUGGGCAGCAUCGAUAUCAUUAAUUCUACGUUAGGCAAAGCUCUUGGCGGAGCAGCGGGUGGUUACACAACCAGUAAAAAAGAACUGGUUAAUUUAUUAAGACAACGCAGCAGGCCAUACUUAUUUUCAAAUUCGUUACCUCCUCCCGUAGUCGCAUCGGCAAGUAAGGUGAUGGAUCUAAUAACAGAUUCGACAGAAUUUCUGGAUCAACUGAGGAACAACACUGAUCUGUUUCGAAACAGUAUGAAAGCAUCGGGCUUUACGAUCGCUGGUGAUAACCAUCCUAUCUGUCCUGUAAUGAUAGGCGAUGCGAGACUAGCCACUGAAUUCGCUGAUAAGAUGAUCGAAAAAGGAAUUUACGUGAUCGGUUUCAGUUAUCCUGUAGUACCGAAAGAUAAAGCUAGGAUACGCGUUCAAAUCAGCGCUGCGCAUACACAGAACGACAUACAACACGCUAUAAAUGCAUUCGUACAAACCGGAAAAGAACUCGGAGUCAUUGCCUGAUAUCGUUUUAAUUCACAUUUUUAAAAAUAAAAAGUAAAAAUAACGUGACAAAAACGUGAUGAUAAAAUAAAAAGUGUUAUUGUUUUUUACAA